AGUGCCCAGUCUGUCUGAAAUCCAGAAAGAAGAAGAACCGACGCAGAGAAGAAGAACCUCAUCAGGAAGUUGUGUAGCGUGGUUGACCGCUGUUGACGUGAACGUUUCAACUGGCCAAAAUAUGGAAAGUCCGGAGUUAACGUUCACUUUAGCCUACACAGUUUUCUCUCUGUGCUUCGUAUUUACGCCCAAUGAGUUUCGUUCGGCCGGGUUGACAAUCCAAAACCUAUUUUCGUCUUGGUUGGGAAGUGAAGACAUGGAUUUCAUACAAUACCACGUCAAGAGGAGUAGCACUACCCUACUGGUCCACUCUGCACUGCCACUCGGUUACUUCAUCGGGAUGUGUAUCGCUGCUCCGGAGAAACAUCUGCAAUACGUUCACCAGAUGAGUGACAACUGGAGGGUGUUUGUUGUCCUCUCUGUGUGCCUCCUGUUGGCCAACUCUACACUCAUCAUCUACUGGUCCCGCAAUCGCUGGCACAACCAUCCUAUCAGCAGAGCUCUGCAGGCCCAUGUCCAACCUCCUCAUUCUAACUGGGGUUCAGUGGCCAGCAGCAUCAACACAGAGUUCAGACGCAUAGACAAGUUUGCUACAGGGGCACCUGGAGCCAGAGUUAUCAUCACUGACAGCUGGGUGUUAAAGGUGACCACCUACCAUGUCUACGUGGCUGCACAGAGUGACUGUCAUGUGACUGUGACCGAGUGCAGGCAGCACCAGCUGAGUCCCGACUCAGCCUCUCCCAUACAGCUGCUCACCCUCAGAGUGCACAGCAUCAACCCUGCUGUUAGACCUUUUGAUAUCAGGUUGAACUCAACAGAGUAUGCCGAGCUCAGAGAGAAGGUCCAUGCACCCAUCAGGAACUCUGCUAAUGUUGUGAUUCACCAAACAAUUAGUGAACUUUUCCUGGAAACGUUCCGAGCUCAUGUGGACCUCAACCAGCCCUACUCGCUCCCCAGUGGACAGGAAGUGGAGCCGUGUAUUGGCUGUAUGCAGGUGCCAGCAAACACCAAGCUGGUUAGACUUUGUCAUGGAGAUGGAGCUGACAUUGAGCCUGAGUGCGAGCAGUGUUUCUGCAGACCCAUGUGGUGUUUGUCCUGUCUGGGUCGAUGGUUUGCCAGCCGACAAGACCAGCAAAGACCUGAGACCUGGUUGUCCAGUCGAGUCCCCUGCCCCACCUGUCGAGCCAAAUUCUGUAUACUAGAUGUUUGUGUGAUACACUGACAAACACACACAAUAGACCCAGUUAUGGCAAGAUCCCUCGAAGAUGAGUAUAUGCUUGCCUCUCCAUCUACUUCCUUGUUCUGUUCUCAGUAGAGAGAACUGCGGUUAAGUGGUAAUAACUUAUUCAAUGAAUUUGAAAUGGAAAUGGAUACGUUGGAUUGUAAAUCCAAACAAAUCUGAAGACAAUCCGGAUCCUAAAAAGGAUUACGUUUGAUUCUAGAGCUUUCACUGUACAUUAUGUAUAGACCGAAUAAAUAUUGUGCACUUCAGUCCAGCAAUGGCAGCAUCCACACUUACUAACUUUGGGGGCCGCCAUUGGUCACAACUUCGCACUAUCUUCUAUUAAAGGUCAGAGGACAAAUAUUUAACAAAAAAAAUCUUGAUAACUCUAGACCCCCUUUACAAACUACAUCUUCCAUUUCCAUUACAUGUCAGAUAUAGCAGUUAAAUCGAUAAAUAUGAUUCAGAAUGCGGCGUCUGCUUUUUGCAUCCUUCCGAUCUUCGUCUCUUUCCGGCGCGGUGACGUCACACAAGCCAAACAUCCUGUUCAUUCGGCGUUGUGUGCUAUUGUUCCAUGCUGUUGUUCCCGUCCUUGUAUAUUUGUUGUCGCAUGAUUUAACGAUGUCACGAUGGUUUAUUGUGUGGCAUUUGGUUGUACAAAUUGUAAAGGCAGCGGCAAGAGUUUUUUGUUUUGGCUUUCCAAGUGAAAAAGGAAUACGUGACCAGUGGAUAUGCAAAGUCAAUCGACAGGGGAAGAAACGUGCUCAGCUAAGGGUGCCUAGCAAGCAUUCCAAACUGUGCUGAUCACUUCGAACCGGCGUGUUUUGAGCGUUGGAUACAGAGGUAGAGGCUGAAACCAGCUGCGGUGGCAACUAUUUUUCCUACGGCCAUCGGGACCUCCUUGUAUAUACCUACGACUCUAUUAUGGUUAGUAUGCACUGGGGAGUAGGAAAAAAAGACCCACGCAGUAGUUUUCAGUACUGUCGUCUGUACUUUUGCCUAUAUGACAAGCCAACAGACACACGGCAAAGACUUUGUGUGCGGCGUGUUAUAACGCAACUGGAGCAAGGGGCACACAAUAUAUAGGAAUACUGCAUCCUAUGUAAAAGCUUGUGCCGUGUCACUGAAACAUAUAUGAAUAUAUAAUAUGUAUAGUCGUGCUGAAAAAUAUUGGCACCCCUGCCAUGACUGUAUAAAAAGACAUGAUUUUGACAUACCGUCACAUUCAGCCACUGGCCACUCUCUUUUUCUGUUAUACAGCUGCUACUUGGCUGCUCGUGGUUGUCACUGUCUGAUCGGCUCAAAUGUACGCUUUGACGAUGUUCAGUUGGGUGCUCCUGUACGUCGAAAUCCAGCUCCUUCACAUAUUCCAACACAUUGCUCGUGAUUGCGUAUGGUGUGUAGCGUGCAGUCUUUGUCAAUUGCAACGUCACUUCUGGUAGCCCUUGCGGUGGAUAGAGUAACCACACCCCGGCGUCUUGAGCUUCGGGUAUGUUCGGGGAGGACUCAAUAUGUGUCAUAAAAACUGAAUUUUUAGCUAAACUAUGGUUGAAAACUUGCUGGAAAUUACAUGCAUGUAUUACAUAACAUAAACAAUGCAAAUGUGAAUUUUAACUGACCCCAUAACAUCUUUGUCAUCUGACCUUUAACACUUGAUGGAAGUGCUGCUUCUGUCUCCUCAUACAUCAAUCGAAGAAACAUGCAAACCUCAGUGCCUUUGUUGACCUCUGCCCAUGCAUGUAUUCUUUUUCAAAAGCCGUAAUACUAUUAUUGUUGGCGAGUCAAAUUGAUUCCAAACAGCUUGAUUUUGGUCUCAUCUGAUCAUCUCAUUACCUUCUCCCAAUCAAUCAAGUGUUCAUUGGCGAACUUCAGAUGGAUCUGUACAUGUGCCUUCUUGAGCAGGGGGACCUUACAGGCCCUGCAGGAUUCACACACACAAAUUACACUGCAGUUCCUACGCCACAAUAUGGACAGGCUUUUAAAAGUGUUAUAAGUAAGUCACAUGAAAUAGUUUCGUUUUUUACUUUCAACCCCUCAACAUUUUCAGCAGCUUCAGACCUAGCCAUAGAUAUAGUUUUCAGUAUUUGUUUUAUGUAUUAUGCCCUUUUUGGACAAUAAAAGCAGUAUUGUCUUAUGACUCUAAAUAUGCCAUGUUUUCAAACAAAUUCAAUGUGGAAUAUUUGAUGUGCGGUAAUUACAGCUUUGAAUAAGUCAAUAAGUCAUAACUUUUUUUUGGUUUGUUUGUUUAUUUGUUUUUUUGCACAUUUUCAUUUUGGAGCAAUGACAGUUCUUUUAAGAGAGAUCACACUGGUGUUCCUAAGUCAAUGGACAGACUCUUAGUGUUUUAAGUCAUAUGAAUAUUUUAUAUUUACAUUAUUUAUAUUUUUACUUUCAACCCCUCAAAAUCUUCAGUAGCUUUACACCUACCCAAAGAUAUAAAGAUUUGAACAUUUAUUUUGUUUUAUGCCUCUUUUGGACAAUAAAAUCAGCAACCAUCAAAAACAAUGAAGAAAUUAACAUUGAACUACUAACGAACAUAUAACUAUAACUAACAAUAAUGAACGCUGAGCAAGUUCAAAUGCAAUUUAUGUUCUAUCUAAUACAAACAAUCUUCCCAAAUGGCCUGCAUGUGCAUUUUGCAGAUAUAUUGAGCACAAUUUGAGCUACAAUAAAAAAAGUCACAUGGGGCACAUGAGUGACCGCCGGCGGCAGGAGUACAUGCCACAAACCUGCAAAAAAACAAAAACAUGACAACUACUCAAAGACCGUUUUGGAAAAGAGACACAUUUCCUCCCCUCCUAGCCCCAAGGGAAAAACAAAACUAACACUACAGUAAAUAACAAAUAAUUGAUGCAUAAUUGUGCUUACCUGGUCCAGGUGAUCAACACUGCCUUUACAUGCAUUGUAGUCGAGGAUAAUUUUGGACUUUUUCUCCCCAGUCUCCUCUACCUCAAAAGAAGGAUGUUAUUUUCCUUUUUUUUGGGCACUUAGGAGACCAAGGUCCGGUUGCCGGUAAAUGCAAACACGGAUGAAAGAGACUGUCCAAUGUUGAGGUGCUCUUGGGGAAGCUCGGCCUUGUUUUUCCUCCAAGUGCCUACCAGCGCCAAUCUGUUGUGACCGUGUGGCCCUGCAGCAUGUGGCACAGCUGCAGCACGACUCUCAUUCCUUGAUUUUUCUCCCUCUGUGCUGCAGCAGGCCUCCCCGUGUACGCUUGCAGAUUCCAAGCGUAUGCCGUCUGUACAUCGCAGAUGGGUCCAUAUUGAGCCCAUAUUUUGCUGGUUUGGGGGGAAUAUACUGUUUGAAAGAGCAGCGGCUCCUAAAAGGGACCGGCUGGUCAUCCACGCAUACAUUCCUCCACCGGUUGAACAUUUUGGGCCCCCACAGGCUCCUUGCUACGUGCUUUUCGGAUAUAUUACAAUAGCAGCCCCGACCUCCAGGAGCUUGCUGUUUUACCUGAGUGCAUGAAGGUGUUGGAUAAAUGAGUGGGAAAAUGGAGAGACAAAAACGAACAAACAAGGGUGCAGACUGCAGAGAGUUUUUCUGAGCUGUUGUGGAAUGUGUCAAAAUAACAUUCGCUGGAGUGGCUACCUCAACAUCUACAGCAAUGCUCCCACAGCAAUAUAAAAGUGUUUUUGGUCCACAUUGAAUAUGAGUAAGGCAGUGUUAAAUACUUUUGAGAUAUAGUUGCUUUGUAUAAAUUCAUAAAGCAGCCCUGUUUUUAGUCAGAUACAAAUGCAUGUUCUAGUUUUUUUUUAAAGGAGGGAGCAUCUUUUAACCUAAGAAAAUAGAGCUAGUAGAUCAGAGAAAUUCAGAAUAUAUAUAGAUAGAUAGAUAGAUAUAGAUGUUGGUUGUGAUGCGCUAAUUAUGAUAUUAUAAUAACAUAAUAUUUAAAUUGACAUUUUGAUCUAGCAGGCUUUAAUGCAGGUGGUAAUGAAGGCUGAUUGGUGACAGAUGCGUGGCCGAGGAGGUGCUGAUUACUGCGAAGAGAGAGACAGAGAGAGAGAGGGGCGCAAAGCGCCACCCGAACUCCAACAGAAGUACUGCAGGGCACAGCACAUGACACAGUCAUUGCCAACAAUGGCUAUAUAACAAAGUAUUGAGAUGAACUUUUGUUAUUUACCAAAUACUUAUUUUCCAACGAGUGGAGGACAGAGGAGCCUCUUCAAGAAGAGGUUACAUAUCUGUGAGAACCAGAAAUCUUGUUUUUUUGUAGGUGACCAAAUACUUAUUUUCCACCAUAAUAUGCAAAUAAAUUCUUUAAAAAUCA